AAUUGAUGAAUUUCACCUGCUCACAUGCAGGAAAGGAAAACAGAAGUUAAACUGAAGCUGUGAGGCUCAACUUGACCUUUUUCCAUACAUUUACGUAGUUUAACAGACAAGGUUUUGGUAGUAAAAUGACACGAAAGAACAGCAAUAGCUUUAAAAGUGUGCUGUUCAUAUUCCUGCUGAUAUUUAGUGUAUUUUGGAAACACUGUGACUCACAGGUGAACAGAGAAGAAGCCAACAAACCUCCAGAUGGACAGGGGGGUGACGGCAGUGCCUUCUUCGCCCUGCGGAGCUGCCACCAGCUGCUACAAGGCGACGCCGGCGAGUUCUUCUCCCCGGACUACCUGUGCUCCAACCCUCCUCUGUGGUGCAACUGGACCAUCCAGGUGGAUCCUGCAAAGAGGAUCCAUCUCCACCUGGAGGACCUGACCCCAGAUGACGGCUGCCGCCUCAAAGACGACCAGGUCCACGUGGACGAGCCCGCUGGACAUUUUAGGGGUCACAAGGUCCUGCAGAAGUGCUGGCGUGAGGCCAAGUACACCUCCUCCUCCAACACUCUGUAUGUGGUGCUGCUGAUCGGCGGCCGGCCCAGCCCGCCCUACAGGGGCUUCUAUGGCCGCUACCAGGCGUUUGGACCACCGGUGGUUUACAACCCACAGGAGGGCAUCCCAGAGACAAACUGGAAGUCGGAACCAGCUCCUGGACUCGUGCACUUCAAUGAGCUUGCUAUGAAUGGUGAACAGAUGGAGCAUCCGUCGCCAGCAAAUACUGAUCUCAUGUAUGAUUAUUAUGGUCAACCUUCAGUCUUGAUGGCAGAGCUGGAGUCCGAGGAGGCCGCGGACACAAACACUGAGGUGGGUGAAAACCACCAUCCAGCCUCGGAGAUCUACAGCCACAUCUACCUGUCCACAGUCAUGCCCACGGUACCAGCAUCCACACAGGGGACCUCUCGAUCAGGAAGAGGUGCCGCACAAACCCCUUCAGGUCAGUCUGACUCAACCGUCCCUACCGGGUCUCCACCGCAGCAACAUAACGAUCAGAACCAGGAACUCAAACCCACCACAAGCAGCCCAACAACAAUACAAAUCAAUGUGGAGGAAGCUGCGACACAUCCAGAGGAAGCUGCUGUUCCAGAGGAGGAGAGGUCUGCAGACGGUGAGAACAGGACGGAUGUCAGUGAGGCCUCAGACCAGCUUCCUGCCCCCUCUGGAGCACCAGAACCAGAGGAGACUGAGCAGUCUCAUCCUCACCCCAACAUUGUGGAGCCACUGUUGGACCACAGAGGGAACCUCAACAUUAGAAAUCACUCUGAAAUUUCACAUCUUCCUGGCGAUCACCUAUUUGAAGUGUCUGUUGAAGUGAACUUCAGUCUGGAUGUGGAGGAGUCCUGGGACGACCUGGCCCAGUCACUGCUGCAGUCAGUAAAGGAUUCGAUCAGCAAGCAGCUGAAGGCUCUGCACAUGCCGCUGUCCAUGACUACUAAGAGACGAAAAAGGCUGAGUACAGGAGUGCUGUACAUCCUGUGGCUGCAGAUUGGACAUGUCCCUGGGGGUCUGCAGGCCCACACGGUCGUCCGCUCCGACCUGCAGAACCUCACCACCACCCACGUCAACGUCAGAGGAAACCACGUGAAAGCUGUCAUCAUGUCUAUGUCGAUUGGAGAUGUAAAUGAGUGUGGGACUCAGCUGGUGCUGUGUGACGUUAACGCAGACUGUGUGAACGAGUUUGGUUCGUACUCGUGCCGCUGCCGGCCGGGCUUCCAGGACCGUUCCCGCCUGGGCUCAGGAGGAACAGUCUGUGUUGAUGUGAAGGCUGCAGGUUGCAGAUCCGGCCUGUCUGCUGAGACUAAAGGCGUCUAUGUGCUUUUCUUCCUGCUCGGCUCCCUCAUCCUUAUGCUGCUGGCAGCGGCCGGCCUGCUGUACCACCGUCACCACCGGGGGGCGUUCCUGGUUCGGUGCCACAGCAGCAUCUCUCAUCCUGACCCCAACAACAACCACCACCACCACCAUCAUGAUGACAGCUACUCCUGCCCCGCUGACUCUGACCUGCUCCCCCCACCCCCACCUGCCCGGGGCUUCAGGGAGGGCUGGCCUCAGGUGAAGGAGCGCUGCCCGCCUGUGGACCUGCCGCUGCUGCGCUUCAGCCCGCUGCUGCCGCCGGACGCCUACCUGGAGCCGCAAGAGGGCGGGAAGAUGUGAACGGACAGUUAACACAGUAUCUGAACCUAUUAAAUCCUGUUUUUUAUUUCGUUUUACUUUCUGUUAUGUCUGAUACUGUUGUUUGUAAUCUGUUGAAUUAAAGUCACAGCAAAACAACA